AUGGUUCUUACCACCGCUCUCUCUACUCUCGCCCUCGCCAUCGUCGCCUCCGCCACGGCCGUCGACAUGUCUCCUCGCCAGGACAUGUACUGGGAAGUUCAGGCGUAUUCCGACGACAGCUGCCAGAACCAAGUCCACAGCGACUAUGGCACGGGCACUGUACAGUGCCGGUCGUUUGGUGCCACGCCCGUCAACAGCAUCAAAAUCAAGGGCCACAACGUCAUGUUCGGCACCUCCGAGAACAUUGCAGGCACCUCCUGCUACGGUGCCAACGGCAACACUUACCCCAACGAGGGUCUUUGCCAGAAGAUUGGUGGCGCGAAGCGUGGAUACUGGGUGUACUACCAGGCUCCUUCGAAGAAAUUCCGUGAUGCUACGUUCCUGUCCGAUGACCUGUGA